AAAUAUCCAAAUCCAGAUGUAUUCAAGUCAAACUUGAACAAUCAACACUAUGCGUGAUACUAGGUGAAAGUGAUUGAAAACUACACCCCAUCUGUUUUUGUUAGAAACUGGACGUGUUUUGCAAAGAUGUGUGAUCAAAGAAGAAAUUUAAUAUUUUCACAAGAAAAGCGUGGACAGUUGAGGUUGAAUUUUACACCAGGAAGAAGCUCAAGAAGAGCUCAGAUACCAACUUCUGUCCCUGGAAUAAGCUAUCAAGUUCCUACCAGAGAAAAUUGGCUUACAAAAAGUAAGCAAACUUCUGGUAAAUUAAAGAUUUCUCCUAAAGAGACAUAUGAUUUUACUGCUGAUGACCUUGAAGAUCUUGGUGAGAUCGGUCGAGGGGCCUUUGGCACAGUGAAUAAAAUGACUCAUAAACGAAGUAAUAUUACUAUGGCAGUAAAGAGAAUCCGAUCAACUGUGGAUGAAAAGGAACAAAAACAGCUGCUCAUGGACUUAGAAGUGGUUAUGAGAAGCAGUGACUGUCGUUUCAUUGUUCAGUUCUUUGGAGCGAUAUUUAAAGAGGGGGACUGCUGGAUUUGUAUGGAGUUGAUGGACUCAUCAGUAGACAAGUUUUAUAAGUUUGUGUAUGAAAAAAUGAAUGAGACAAUCCCAGAGUGUAUUUUAGGAAAAAUUACUGUAGUGACUGUCAAGGCCCUCAAUUAUCUUAAGGACCAGCUUAACAUAAUUCACAGAGAUGUGAAGCCUAGCAACAUUCUUUUAGAUGAACGAGGGAAUAUUAAACUGUGUGACUUUGGCAUUAGUGGUCAGUUAGUGGACUCUAUAGCCAAAACCAGAGAUGCAGGCUGUAGACCAUACAUGGCACCAGAGAGAAUUGAUCCAAGCCGGGCCAGAGGGUACGAUGUCCGAUCUGACGUGUGGAGUUUAGGAAUAACUUUGAUUGAAGUUGCUACAGGGAAGUUCCCUUACCCUAAGUGGAACAGUGUUUUUGAACAGCUGACUCAAGUUGUGCAGGGAGAACCACCUCAGUUAAGUCUUUAUGAGAAUGGAAGGGCCUUUUCUAAAGAUUUUGUGGCCUUUGUCAAUACUUGCUUAAUAAAAGAGGAACAACAUCGACCCAAGUACAAGAAACUUCUGGAACACAGAUUCAUACAGCGAUCAGAAAUGGAAUUUGUUGAUGAGGCAAAAUAUUUUGCAACCAUCCUCAGCAAAAUGGGGUGCAGAACCUAAGACAGUGGUCCGAGUAUUUUGGAUAUGCAAAAAAAACUACAGAAGUCCCAGCCUUCAGAGAUGGCUAGCUAGAUUAGACUGUGCAUCGAAUUUAAAUGCCAUCUUAAGUACACUGAUGUCCAUCCUGUAGGAAUGUAGACUUCAUUAUAUAAAACCACAGCCGGAUAUUUUCUUACACAUCAUAAUUGAUUAUAUGGCCUAAUUUAUCAUCCUCAUACUUGCCUAUUUUCACUAAUUUGACAGUGAUUUAAAAAAGUGCAAGUUAGAUUAAUUUCAUAUUUUCCUGGAUAACAAGGCAAAGUUCAGUAUCAAAAGGGUUGUGGUUGAAAUGUGGCCAUAUUUGGUUAAGUAAUAAAUAUUAUGAUUCAGGCACACACACACACACACACAUACUCUUCAGACAGACUCUUGCACUCUGACCUCUGACAUUCUCCAGAAAAUAAAUUGGGACAUUUUCUCAGCCUGAUGUUAGAACUUACUGUUUUCGAGGAUUAACAAACAUUAAAAAAUAAAACUUAAAUCGUGAAAUGUUAAUACAGAAAUUUUAAAUUACAAUUCAACAAUUAACAGAUUUUUUCUUUUAUCCUUUUAAAGAUACUGUUGAAUAAAUGUUUUCAACAAAUUGGUUUACCUCCUUUGAAUUAGCCAUCUGUUUUCUGAGCAGUUGGCUGUUAUAUGUUACCAUGUCAUUAGAACCUGUACAUUGAAAAAAAAAA